UGAGAAGAGAGGCAAUCUGACGUGCGUGAUGGUGCAGCUUCGCUGAUGGCUCACGAGGAAGAGCAGGCCUUGGAGAUCGAGGCUUUGCAGUCGAUCUUCGACAAGGAGUUCGUCAGCAUCUCCAGCCGAGAGUUCACCAUCAAGUUGCUUCCCUUUCCAGCUGGGGAGGAGGAGAAUUACGUGGAGGUGACCCUUCACGUAACUUACACGGAUACCUACCCAGAUGAGGCUCCUGACUGGAAGCUGGAGGAUGUGAAAGGCUUGGGCGACGAGAAGCUGGAGCUGUUGCAGAAGAACGUGGAGGAGACGAUCGAAUCCUCGAUUGGCAUGGCCAUGAUCUACUCUGUGACAGAAGCGUGCCAGGACUUUUUGAAGGAGAACAACCAGAAAGAACUGUCCAUGCACGAGCAGAUGAUGCUGCGUCAAGCAGCCGAGGAGGGCGGUGAAGAUGAGGAAGAGGAUGAGGAUGAGGAGGAUGAGGAGGAGGAAGAGCCGGAAUGGAAGGGUUUGACAGAGAAGACGCUCUGCCCGGAGAAUGAACGCGUCACGCCCGAGACCUUCGGUGCCUGGAAGGUGAAGUUCGAUGCGGAGAUGGUUGAGAUCGGCCUGCUGAAGCGGGAUGAAACCAAAGCCAGGACGGGAAAGCUGAUCUUCACGGCGGAAGGUCAAGGCCAAGGCCAGGAAGGCAAAAGCGAUGGCUACAAAGACAAGUCCGAUGUUCUGGUCUACGAUGCUGCUUUGUUUGGAGAGGAUGCAGAUGAUUUGGAUGAUUUGGAAGAAGAGGAUGACUAGUGAAGUUGCGAAAGAUGUUGCAGCCAAAGUGAGCUUCGUGAGAGUGCCAACGAGCACAUCAUAGCAGUCUGCCAAGUUUCGCUCUUUAGAUGCGCGCCUUGCUCAGCCGCGUCACGCAAACAAACCAGUCUGCUUUGAGUAGAAAAGAUGCCACGACUUGAG